UCCCUUCUCCCCCUCCCCUGCCUUGCUGUUCCCCCCGUUCCUUCUGCCGACAUGUUCGUUCGAUGAUCUGUUUAGAUUCGGUGGUUUAGAUUUGGUGUCGUCUGGCAUGUGACUUCGUGACUCAUGGGUCACAUUAACGUCGUUGAACACCUCCUCUUUGCUGCACAUCACGCGAGCAAGUAGUCAAUCGACGAGUGCAGACAGUCCCAUCGAAACAAUGUCAUCCGGUAAGUUAAGAAGAGAGCGUUCUGGCUCCCGAGAACGCCAGUCUCACAAGGAAGGAGACAAGAGGAGUGAUGCUGGUGUCCCUGAGCUGAAGGAAGAGGAAUAUGAUGAGCAGUGGGAGCACGAGUGGGACGACAUCAACGAGAUCAGCAAGAGUGGCGCAAAGUACUACAAGCCAUAUGGAAAGAAUCCAAAUCAGAAGUGGAGGGGCCGCAACCAGUUCCACCAUUACAACCAGUAUCGUGGCCAAAACCGAUUCAACAAGUGGGAGCACAGAAACUAUUCUGCAGGUUCUGAUCACGGAUCAGACAGUAACCGAAGAACUGAAAGACGGCACAUCCCUGAUGAAGAGGAGAAUUUGGAAAUGCCACCGGGUGAAGAAAUCACGAACCUGAAAGUGAAAAUUCAAGAUGGAAAGAGAUUUGCAGCGCCUGAUGAGGUAGAAAUAGAAUCUUAUGAAGACAAUAGAAACCGGCCAAGAUUUUCAAGAGGGAGAGGUUCCAGGGGUUAUCAUGGUGGUGGCAGGGAUAAGUGGGCCCAGGGAAACAGAUUCAAACGGCCAGCAGCAAGUGAUUUAGUAGAUUGUAGAGAAGUGUUAAAUCGGAGAAAGCGGUUCCAUGCUGAUUCAGAAGGUGAUCUCCGUGAAAAACUUCAAAAAAAAGAUUCUGACUUAGGUGAUCUGAGAGAAGUGAUUGAUUCUCGUGAUCCUGGAGCAAUGGAUCUGAGAGACUUAAUUGAAGCACCUGAUAUGAGUCUAAUGGAUGAAUUCACAGAGGAUGUUGUUGGAGAAGUUGAUCUUGAAGAAGACAUACGCCUUAGAAUUCGAAAUGAUUACUACCAUGAUGGUGCUGAAGAUGAAAGGUCUGUCAGACAUUUUGAAAAUGACUUUGAAAGUGAUGCUGAACCAUAUGAAUAUGAAGAUGACCGAGAGCCACUGGACAUUCCUCCUGAAGAAAAUGUUUUUCGCAAUGAAGGCCCGCUACAUCAAGAAGAAUGGAUACAAGGCAAAUGGCAUCAACGUAGAGGCUCUCCUCCUGAGAAGAGCUUUGAACAACGUGAGGGAUGGUCUGGAAGAAACAGGCAAGAUUCGUUCCCUGAAGCUGAUUGGUCCAGGUCUCGUGUCCCUCAUGGCAGCCCCAGAGAAGAACGCCUGAAUUCAAGAGACCGUUCUCCAAGAUUAGGGGGUAGUCCUCACCGAAGAAAUCGGGAUCAUUCAAGAAACAGAAGUCGUGAGAGGGUGAGAAGUUCACCUGGAAGAGUCCUCAGGGAAAGAAGUUUUGAGCAAGGAAUUAGACCAAGGGAUUCCAGUUGGGAAAAAAGGUUUGAGCUGAUUCCUCAUAGGGACAGAGUUCCCCCAGAACAAGAAAGAAGAGGUAGUUUUGAGGAUGAUAGAAGGGUUUCUGAAAGGAACAGGGACUUCGCUUUUGAAAGAGAAAGGUCAUUUCCUCCUAAUCACAGUCCUUUACUUGAAACAGAAAGAUUGCCUCCUAUGCUUGAUGCAAGAGGACGAGUGAGAAGCCCUCCCAGAGAAACAAGCAGAGUGAGGGAAAGGAACCACCCAAGAAUGAGAAGCAUCAGUCCUGUGCCUCCUCAUGCCAUGAUCAGUGAGAGAAACAGAAGAAGUCAAGAGAGGAACAACAGUGUUACAUCAGAAAGGGGUAGAGUGACUGGCCGGGACAGGAAUAGGAGUGCUGAUCGUGAACCUAACAGAGGGAGGAUGAGGGAGAGGGACUCGAGUACUGGGCAAGGCAGGAACUGGAAUGCCGGCCAAGAAAAGGAUAGGAGUAUGGAGCGGGUCAGGACUAGAAGUGUGAGCCGGGAAAGAAAUAGAAGCUUUGAUCGAGACAGGCAAAGAAAUUUUGAUCAGGUUAGAAAUAGAAAGAGGGCUGGGGUUGAGGAGGGUACUAGGAACAGUCGCUGGGCCAGAAGUAGUAGUCGAGAAAUGGCUGCUAGACCUGGAAGGGAAAUUAACUUGGGCAGGGAUAGGGAUAGAAGUCCACGUUGGACGGGUCCUAGGACUCCAAGUGCUGAAAGGUUUAGGGCUGCUGUCUGGAACCAGCCAAAAAGUCCUGGACGAAACAGAGAGCUUAGUCCAAACAGCGAACAUUCCAGAGGCAGAGGAAGACAAUCAGGGAUGCCUGCGGAUCAGUCAAGAGAUCGUAGUAGGGGAAGAGAAGCUGAGGGACGUCCUCGGGAGCAGAAAGACAAGAUUCCUUCAAGGUCCAAGGAUCAAGAUCGUCGAGACAAGGUUCAAGAUCAACCUCGAAGAAGGGAUUUUGAACAUCUCAAGACUCAAGUUAUACAGCCAGAUAGACCAAGAGAAUCCAGCUCAAGCUCAAAGCCUGAGCAGAACCGUAAAAGGGAACAUGAAGAGAACUCAAGUAAAUCAUCAAGGGAUCGUCUAAGAAGCCAAGAACAUCGCAAUUUACAAGAAAAAUGUGGAAAGAGAACUACUCAAUUUCCUGUUGAAGAGUUUAAACAAAGAUUUGUAAGAGAGAUUGAGAAACCUGAGAAAUCUGUUAGAAGAGAUGAAUUUGUGGGUAAACACGGAAGAAGUGACUCAGUCCAAGCUAAAAAGCAGGGCAGUGGUUUUAAUGAUAAUGACUCUAGGGAAUGGGAGAAUAUUCGAGAUUUUCAAGAAAGAAGAACUGCUCAGCCAUUAAUAGAUCUCCCAUUCCUUGAUGAAGCAAGAAGACAGAGGCAGAAUUCAUCCCGUGAAGAAACUAGACCACAAGAAAGCCGUAGUUCAAGAAGCAUGGCUGCCCCAUUUCUGCCUAGAAACCAAAAUGAAAAUCGCUUGUCGCAGUCUCAGAAAAAGGAUGAGGCUGGGAAUUGGCAAAGUCAGAAUGCCAAACACUCGUUGAGUCACCCUGAAGAGGAAAGGCGUAGAUCUUCCCGUUGGGGAAGUCCAGGCCGGAGAGAAAAAGCCUCUAAUCACUUUGAUAGUCACAAGUCGACUGCCCAUUCCUCCCAGAGUUCAGCAAACCCACAUCAUCCGACGUCGAACGGGAAAGCCGAAGACGGCCACUGGCAGAGGAGCAGAGACCUUCCUUCACAUGGCGAGUCUCAAUGGAACAAGCCUCGGUCUGACCUAUCAAGCAAGUCGAGGGACUCCACCACCUUCAGGCCAUUCCCUCCCAAGAGUCUUCUGUCUCCCAGAGAGGUGAUAUUUAUCCGUGGACUAGCAAGAGACGUCUCAGAUAUGGAUGUAAGGAAGGAUAUCAGCAACUGUGGACUUUGGGCGAAAGAUGUUCGUGUCGUGUAUGAUACUGAUACAGGUGUAUCAAGAGGCCUAGCAUUUGUCACUUUCAAUUCAGUCGAUGAGGCCACACGGUGGAUGGACUUGAGGAAUGGUGUUCUUAACCUUCGCCCCAACAAUCAUGCAGCAAUGGAUUAUAGCAACCCAGUGUCCAAAGACUGGGAGUGUGUCCGAUGUCAUACUACUAACUUCAAGAACAGAUCUGCCUGUUAUCAAUGUAAUAGAUCCAAAGACGACUGUCUUGAUGGAUGGGAAGAAACCUGCCCAUAUCCCACUAAUGCUCUUCUCUUGCGAGGAUUGAAUCCCCUGACCAGUACUUCAGAAGUCAUGAAGGCUUUGAAAGGUCGAAUGCAGGCACAUUCAAGAAUAGACAGUGUGAAGAUGGGAGUCGAUAUGAAGGGCCGACCCCGUUCUGUGUGCUUUGUUCAGUUGACAAGUGUCGUUGACUCAAUGUGUCUUCACAAAUCAAUUGUGACUGAACCUCUAAUGAUUGACAACAACUUAGUGAUGGUUGCAUAUUGCCAACUGGACAAGUUGCCUCCAAUGGACUCUCACCCUGGCCAACUGCACCCUGGCUUGCCCACAGUCCAUUCGGUGGCCCCUCCCUCCAUUCCCCUCUCACUGCACACGGGUCCUCCAUCGAGCAACAAUAUUCCAGUUGUACCAAGGACAGUCCCGCCAGCUGCCCCGCCUGCUCCUGUCCACAUGCCUGCUCCAACACCUGCACCCCCAGCCAAGCCUGCACCAAUAUCAACAACCGCCAUACGCUCCAUGCUUGAGGGCAAUUAUUCCGAGAAGGACAUCCCUACACUCGCCCAAUAUUGUGCCUCAGCUUAUGCUAAGAAUCCCCAAGAACAAGCUGCCUAUGUGCGCUACUAUACCAAACUCUACAGGGAGAAACUUCUCAAGAAUCAGGCGGGUGGAAAGUAAUUCUUAAGGAAGUCAGAUAUAAUAAAGUUACCUGGUUCUCAUUGACGUGGACCAUAAUAUAGUUUAUCUGUUUAUUUUGUUUGACAAAAAUUAAUUUGUAAUCAUUUAUUUGGAUACGUAAUUGAAGCACAAAAGAAUUACUCACUGUACUAUGUUGUUUAAAAUUCCUUUGAGAAGUGUAACUCUAUCACACCUCUGUUUUAUUUUAUUGUCACUAUUUUUAUGGUAGGUAUUCUUUUGUAUGGUUUGCUCAAGUUUAAUCACUUGCUUAGUCAGUCAUUUGCCAUCACCAAUCACUUGAAGUUGAAAUUGAUUUCACUGCCACUAGAUGGGUACUGGCCUUCCUGAUUGAGGUGCAGUGUCAGUUUUAACUGGUAAUUAGCAAUGACCUAACAUACCAUCAUCAAUUUGAAAAAAAAAGUUCUUUUUAAAAGUUUUGUACUUUUUGACACAAGUGUUUGUUUUGUUUCUAUAGUCUUUGCUUUGCCAAACAGUGUGAUGUGAUAGCACAUAUGUUUGUUAAAUCCUAUGCUAAUUUUAAUUUGCAAGUUUGAUUUAAAAAUUCUGUUGAAAUAAAUUACCCUUGUAAUCUUGUGAUUGACUUUCGAAUUAAACUUUUUUUCAAUUGA